CUCUCAACAAUUCCAAUGGCUCUUGAUCGGUCUUUGAAUUCUGCGCCGCCGCUCAAGAACGCCCGCCAUUUCGACUUUCUUGAUCUACCUAGCAGCAGCGCCGUCGUCGGAUCGUGGAAGAAAUCAUCCAGGCGAUCUAAGCGACGGUGGCAGAUUAAACUGGGAGAGGACGAGCUUUCCGCCGCCCGCCUCGUCAUGCUCGCCCGAACCGGCGGCGGUCCUUACCCAUCUCCCCCCGCCGCAGCCGCAGCCAGUCCUUCCACCGAAGAGAGCAAACACGAUGGUGAUAACCCUGUUUGUCCCGUACCCAUCAUCUCCGCCGCCGCUUCACUCCAUGUCAAGAUAUCUCAAGAAUCGGUCCCAACUACGCCGUCUCCGCCGCCGGCCGUGCCCAAAUCGUACAGGAGGUGCGCCGACUCCGGUAAGGGUUUCAAUUCAUACCAGGCGCUCGGCGGCCACAAAGCCAGCUGCUGCCUGAAGCCAACAACCGCCGCUGCAAUCGACAGAAACCCCUACGCCGUCAUCCCUGCCGUCGCCACCGCGUCCACCAGAUGCACCUCCGGCAUGAAUCGGAGUGGUAAGAUUCACGAGUGCGAAACAUGCCAGAAAACCUUCACAUCGGGACAGGCUCUCGGCGGCCAUAAGCGCAUGCACUAUGAAGGCGUCAUCGGCGCCAGAUCUAAAAAGAGCCGGAAAACCUCCUCAAACGGCGGCGCAGCCACCCAAAAGAUGAUCCGGGAUUUUGACUUGAACCUGCCCCCGCUGCCUGAUCAAGAUUUCGAGUUUUAAUGAAUUCAAGAAGUAGUGGAAAGUGCUCUGCCGCCACCUUUAUGCGCGUAUAAAAAGAAUAUGUCUUUAAAAUAUUUUUCUGGAGUGUUAAUUGAUUGUUCCAUACUAUUUAGGAUUUUUGUGUACUUUUAUUUACUUAAAUUCAAUGAAUUCUUCUAUGUCUCCUUUCAUAUUCUUUUAUUUGUUCUUAGUUUUUUUAAGUAUAAAUAGUAUUUUGCCACUCGUAUGUUGCCUGUUUUUGUACAUUGUCUCUUUAACAAAUAAAAAGCUUGUACGGGUACGCACACACUCGUUAUUUCAAGUUACUUAACCACUUAUGUUGAAUUUUCAGGCGAAUAUUCGAGUAUGAUCCGGCGCAUGCGCGAGACACAAUGCUACGUCCAUGGAUUUUUUC